UUAAAAUCUCUCAUUCAAAGGGACACAGAUUUGGUGAGUCUUGCUGUUAAAGGAUAAUUCACAUAUCAGAGCAAAUGGCUGAGAAAACUGCUCUUUUUGAAAGUUUCCUGAGAUGCCAUGUGUGUUCAGAGACUUUCAGAGAUCCUGUGUCUCUGAGCUGCAACCACAGCUUCUGUUCAAGCUGCCUGCAGAAAUUCUGGGAACAAGCUAAAAACAUAAACUGUCCCAUUUGUAAAACAAAGUCCUUGACAGAUGAGCCAGCAUUAAAUUUUACACUGAAGGAACUGGCUGACUCCUUUGCUGGGAGACAGAACAAUGAUUCACCUGAGACAGAAAAAGAAAAGGAGAAAGAGGAGGUGGUGUGUGAUAAACAUCCAGACGUCUCUUAUUGGUUCUGUAUGGAUGAAGAUAGAGCUGUGUGUCCUGUCUGUGAGUUUUCUCUCCACCAGAGUCACAAGGUGGUUCCUAUAGAACAAGCAGUCAGUGAGCUGAAGGACCAGCUGAAAUCUGACUUAAAGUCUCUGCAGGACAAGAGGGACAAAUACAAACAAGUGGAGGAAACAUACAAUGAAGUGAUUCAACACUCCAAGAAGCAGCUGUUGUCCACAGAGAGGCAGAUCAGAGCAGAGUUCAACAAGCUCCAGCAGUUCCUGAAAGAGGAAGAGGAGUCCAGACUGGCAGCUCUGAGGGAGGAAGAGGAGCAGAAGGGGAAGACUCUCAGCAGAGAGAUGAAGAUGAUUGAGGAGCAGAUCUCCUCUCUGUCACACAGUAUCUGUGCUGUUGAAGAAGAGCUGCAGAAACACAAGGUGCCAUUCCUCAGCAGUUAUAAAGCCACUCAGAGCAGAGCCAGAGUCCAGUGCUCACUGUCAGAUCCACAGCUGGUCUCAGGAGCGCUGAUAGAUGUGGCCAAACACCUGGGCAACCUGUCCUUCAGAGUCUGGGAGAAGAUGAAGGACAAGGUCCACUUCAGUCCUGUCAUUCUGGACCCAAACACUGCAAGUCCCCGUCUCUAUCUGUCUGAUGAUCUGACCAGUGUGAGAUGUGGAGACAAAGAGCAGCAGCUUCCUGACAAUCCAGAGAGACACACUAAGUAUGUCACUGUUCUGGGCUCUGAGGGCUUCAGCUCAGGGAAACACAGCUGGGAGGUGGAGGUGGGAGACCAUCCUCACUGGCUUGUGGGUUUGGAUAAAGAGUCAGCUGACAGGAAGGGAGAACGAAUUCAUUCACCAAAAUAUGGAACCUGGUUUUUAAUCUAUUACAGUGGAAACUACACUAAUGGAGGUAAGACUGUCACAGUGAAGAAGAGUCUCCAGAGGAUCAGAGUCCAGUUGGACUAUGACAGGGGGGAGGUGUCCUUCUACGACCCUGAAGACAUGACUCACAUCUGCACUCACAGAGACACUUUCACUGAGAAAAUCUUCCCAUGUUUUAGUAUCGGAAAGGCUGGUGAUGCUAAAACUGCUCAUAUCAAAAUGUGUCACAGUGAGAUUUCUCUGUCAUGUUCAGGGAGGGUGGUGAGCUCUCAGUAACAUAUUUGGAUGUUUUAUAAUGGUGGUGUUUUGUUGUCAUUUACAGACAAUUCCAGUUUGUUCUUUGUGGGUGAGAAUCGUGUCAUUUCAAAGGACAUACAGAAAAUGUAGAGAUCCAGGUUAAAGAAAAAACAAGAUUUGAUCUCUUUCAGCAAAUUACAUGAUGGAACACAUUCCUUGCUUGUUCUUUUAUAUACAAUAUAUUUCCAAAACUUAAAGCACAAAUGUAGGCAGAAUUAUGUGUGUAAACCAUUCUUGGCAAAAUGCUGUUUGUGGUGUAAAUAUGCAGCAAGAACUGGGAUGAGUAGAUUUCACUUUCUUAUUUUAACUUUUAUCUCCAGAUUUUUCCCCCAAUGAUGAGCAACAACCUUAAGUUUGCAUUAAAAAGGCUUUAAUUUUAAAUCAUAUAACCACAGAAAGUCUUGUCUUAAUAAUGACCUCCUUGUGUUUCAUAGUGACUGGUUUACUGUCAUAAAUAAAUGCUUCAGUUCCUUCAGUUGUUUUAUGUGCAAACAAAACAGUUUAGCAGUGAUGAUGAAGAUUAAUUAAUGAUUUGCAGAAUGACAUUAUAUUCAUUUUAUGUCCAUUUGAAGGACAUUAAAUGAGUUGAUGGUGUUUGUGUAUAAUUUUCAUUUUGUUUAAGGUGGAGAAAAGUACACAUUUUGUUUACAGGCUAGUGAGUGUUUGGAUCAUUUUAUGUCACACUUGUUGCAUGUGUAAUAUUGUUUCCUGCAAAGUGUCACUAAUACCUUAUCGUUGUUAAGGGUCUGGUAGUAAAUGGGUAUCUGGGAGACAAUCAGAAGUGACUGUGCCUCUUGAUAGGUUGGUUCAUUAAGAGUUUUUUUAUGUCAUUAUCUCAGAAAACAAACACACAAAUUGAAUUAUUCAGCACUUAAGAGGCUGUCAGAUAUUUAUUGUUACUGAGGCAUCUUCAUGUUCAUGAUGUGGAUAAAAAUCACCACUAAAUAAAAUGUAUUCUUCCAUCUCU